AUGGAUGAAUGCCUCUCGAGGAAACACGGAAUGCACAGGGCUGUUGGCGCCCCUGUGGUGCCAACGCUCCUUGUCCUCCUACUCUUCGCCAGCCCGGCUUCCACAGCAGUCCCAUACACUCCCUCACAGCUCUUCUACUCUUCAACUAGCAAUGGAUCGUUCGCCUACCUGCUGCAAUCCACCGGUACGAGUCAAGAUGCCUCCACCGAAUUCAUUACCUGGGAUAUAUCAGGUGACGUCGAUACAACAAGCCCGAGUUACAAUAUCCUGAUGGACCCAUUGCCCUUUCAACUCGACUCUCAGUCGCCUGCCUUUGUGCCUGUUAUCGACCAGCAUGGAGUGAUCAAGAUGUAUGUAGGCGAUUGCCAGAAAGCCCUGGAUCAGGGUGAGCUGUGGCAGUUUACGCCGGACAACAACAGCUCGAUUGGAGAUGGGGCAUGGGAGAAGCUCUCUGUGAAGGAAAGCGAGUCAAGCGACAGCGUGGAUGCACCGAACUAUCUCUCAGCAGGGUUCGCAUAUGCCUCCACCAAUACCUCUGACAGCUCCGUCUACGCUUUUGGCGGGAUGUGCCCCUUCUCGAAUGCCUCAGAAACGAAUUGGAUGGGUGGCGCCAACUACUCCCAGUCCAUGGUGGUCCUUGAGCCAUCCGGAUCCCGCAGGACCGAUGCUUAUGAUGCAUCCACCACCGGCAAUCGCGCACCCCCGAUUGCAGAGGCCGGCUUUACCGUGACUCCGUUGCAAGCAACUUAUGCAUAUUCAUCGAGCGGCGAGGUGCGCCAGCAACAGGAUUUUCUCCUGAUCGGUGGCCAAACCCAGGAUGCAUUCAUCAAUAUGUCGCAGCUUGCGGUGUUUUCUCUACCCCAGAAUAGCUGGAGCUUCGUGACAGUUGAUAUUACUUCUGCUUCCUACAAGACUGAGCUUGCUGUGAGGGAUGUUGCCACGGUAGAGCCGAGAUCGGGGCAUACGGCAGUUCUUUCCCCGGAUGGCAGCAAGGUCAUCGUGUACGGAGGCUGGGUGGGGAACACGAGCAUUGCUGCUCAACCGCAGCUAGUCAUACUGGAACUAGGAGAAACCUAUGGAGGCUCUGGUGAUUGGACUUGGAGGGUACUCUCAACUGGGGAUACGGAGACCACAGGAGGAAGCGGUCUUUAUGGGCAUGGGGCAACAAUGCUGCCUGGUGGUGUGAUGAUGGUGGCAGGCGGAUAUACUAUACCACAGUCGUCGUCGUCAUCCUCGUCGAAGCGUUCAGCCAAGCAAUCCCAGCCCAACUCACAGGUCUAUCUCUAUAAUAUCACCUCCGAGGAAUGGGUCUCAACUUACCGAAAUCCUGACUCCAUUGCUAGUCAACAGGAUUCCUCCCACUCUGGCUCAUCAAAAACAUGGAAAACUGGGGUAGGAGUUGGUGUUGGACUGGGAAUUCCUGUCAUUGCUGGCCUCGCUAUCCUCCUAUUCUUCCUUUGGAAGAGGCGUCAAAAGCGCCACGUGCGAGAUAAGGAGCUCCGCAAGCUAGCCUUGGGGGCAGAAAGAGCCCACUUCUGGGGUCAAGGGGAGCCUUUUAUGGCGAGCAGUAUCCACAAGCCCUCCAUGAAGGAGACGGAAGGGAGGAGUGACUACCCUUGGAUGGGCAAUAGUGGAUCUGGGCGACCAUUUAGUUGGCAGGAUACAGGGGAUGCAGUCGCAGAAAGCACUGGUCUGCUCGGGGAUCCUAGUCCUACAACUACAGGUCGUUCUAGUCUGAGCGCGAGAAUGUAUCGCCCCCCUACGCAAUACAGCGAGUACAGAAGGAGUGAUGCCACGGGUGAUAUCCACCCGAUCGAUGAGCGUGAGGAAGAUGAAGCGAAAGACGCCGUGGGUGUUCCCAUGCAGAAAACAAUUGACAAUUUCCGGGCCGAGUCAACAAUCUUGACACCCUUGAGCACGACCGUAUGCGGAGACUCAUAUGCUGGUGGCUCGGCCGGGCCGUCCGACUACAUGGCCGGAGUUGGCUAUGACAGAGACAUACCUUCUUCGUCAGAUAAGGAUGAACGGACAUCCUCAAACCUCUCCGAUUCCUCCACAUCAGCAAAAUCGAUCCCUCAACCUCGCAUGGCCAACUUUAGCUACCCCGCGAGUCAACCAAGCAGUGGGCGCCAGUCACCUCAAAAAUCUGUUACAAUUUCGAUCCCUAGUCGGGAGCCAGCCCGCAGCAGACCGAACAGUGCAGCGCUUUCAUUCGAAAAGCGCUACUCUUCUGACUCCUACUCCACCGCUCAGACCUCCCUCUCCCUUCGACAAGCUGAAGGCGAGCAUCUUCUCCGCGACAACCCUGAACCGACGUCCCCACUCGAUCUAUUCCCCAAACCCACCACAUUCCCCAAGCAACGCACAUCUGAAUGGAUCGGCAACAACGUUCGCAGAGUGCUCUCCCUAACGCGGAGACGCCCAGCAACCGACUCGGAUCCGACCACAGCGCCCCUCGCCUCUGGCAUAGACCGCAGAAGUACAGUUCUCGGUCCCAACUCAACUUCUACAGGCUACGGCCUUCCGCGCCGCUCCGUCAGCGCAUCAGCCGAACUUUUCAAACGCAAACAAGGAGCCAAAGACUGGGGCGCAGCCAACCGAAUCUCACGCAAUAUGGAAUCCCAGGCCCGGUCCACACGGGAUGACACCGCCCUAGGCGCAUUUCUAGACCUUGAUCCAGACAGUGACGACGAUUGGGACGUGGAAGGUGCUGCAGAAGGCCGUCGCGUCCAGGUAACCUUCACCGUACCGAAGGAGAAACUCCGCGUCGUCAACGCCACCGCAGGCGAACUGGACACAUUCUCCGAGAAGUCCGUCAGCAGAAGCAAUAGUGAUGCCGCGAAGUGA